AUGUGUACUCGUCCGCGUCGUCCAUCAUCACCCAUACCGCGCUUGCGCCGGCGCGGCUACUUUGUGUACAUCCCCGAGAUUGGGCGCAUCACUUCUACCAACGACGUCUACUUUGACGAGCGCUCCUUCACGCUGCUUGGCGAUGUGAUGUCCAAUGUCAAGCUCCGAGGCGGCAGCCGCGUCCAAAACAUCACCCCGCCUGCGCCGCCACCGACGACGCCAGCCCUUCCCGGCACGGCGCCGCCCGUCGUCGUCGAUGCAUUCGUCCCCGCCGACGCCAACGCAGUCGAGCUCGCUCGACGCUGCGAUGGGGCGUGGGAGCUCAGCGACUUCGUCAUCGGCGCGUCUGUCGCGGGGCGGGCCUCUGUGCACUACCGUUCUGACAUUGUGGGGGAGGUGCUGGAGGUCAGUGCGCAGAUCGGACCCGUGCCCAUCCCGAGGAACGCCGAGGACGCCGUCAAAUACCCCCUCUACGGCAAGUCGUGGCUAGCUGCGAUGACUGGAUUUGCGUGCAUUAAGCGCCUUGAGCUCAAGAUUGGUGGGUGA